ACCCAGGCCCCCUCCUUGACACCCAGAGCCACCAUGGCAGAGCUGCCUGUGAGCGAGACCCCUGGGGACUCGGCUCUGUGCCGAGGGCGCUUCACCAUCAGCACACUACUGGGAACCGAUGAGCCCCCCUCGGCGGCCGCCUACGACAGCAGCCACCCCAGCCACCUGACCCACGGCAGCACCCUGUACAUGCGCACAUUCGGUUACAACACCAUCGAUGUGGUACCCGCCUAUGAGCACUAUGCCAACAGCGCCCUGCCCGGAGAGCCCCGGAAGGUGCGGCCCACAUUGGCUGACCUGCACUCCUUCCUGAAGCAGGAAGGCAGCCACCUGCAUGCCGUGGCCUUUGACAACCGGCCCAGCCAUGAGCUGGCAGACGGGCUGGUGGAAGAGGAGGCAAGCACCAACGGCCAGAAGAGCCCUGGGUUGCCUGUGCGCUUCGGCUGGGUUAAGGGAGUGAUGAUCCGUUGCAUGCUCAACAUCUGGGGUGUGAUCCUCUACUUACGCCUGCCCUGGAUAACGGCACAGGCGGGCAUUGUCCUGACCUGGGUCAUCAUCCUGCUCUCGGUACUGGUGACCUCCAUCACUGGCCUGUCCAUCUCAGCCAUCUCCACCAAUGGCAAGGUCAAGUCAGGUGGCACCUACUUCCUCAUUUCCCGGAGUCUGGGCCCAGAGCUCGGGGGUUCUAUCGGCCUCAUCUUCGCCUUUGCCAAUGCCGUGGGGGUGGCCAUGCACACUGUGGGUUUUGCAGAGACUGUGCGGGACCUGCUCCAGGAGUAUGGCACGCCCAUCGUGGACCCCAUCAAUGACAUCCGCAUCAUCGGUGUGGUGACGGUCACCGUGCUCCUGGCCAUCUCCCUGGCGGGCAUGGAGUGGGAGUCCAAGGCCCAGGUGCUGUUCUUUCUCGUCAUCAUGGUCUCCUUUGCCAACUACUUGGUGGGGACGCUGAUCCCCCCAUCCGAUGACAAGGCCUCCAAAGGCUUCUUCAGCUACCAUGGGGACAUUUUUGUCCAGAACUUGGUGCCUAACUGGCGAGGUGUCGAUGGCAGCUUCUUUGGAAUGUUCUCGAUCUUCUUCCCCUCGGCUACGGGCAUCCUGGCUGGAGCCAACAUCUCUGGGGAUCUCAAGGACCCUGCUGUGGCCAUCCCCAAGGGAACACUCAUGGCCAUUUUCUGGACCACUGUCUCCUACCUGGCCAUCUCAGCCACCAUUGGCUCCUGUGUGGUGCGCGAUGCCUCUGGGGACCUGAACAACACGGUGGGCGCCAGCUCAGGGGCCUGCGAGGGGCUGGCCUGUGGCUAUGGCUGGAACUUCACUGAGUGUGCCCAGCAGCACAGCUGUCGCUAUGGCCUCAUCAACUACUACCAGACCAUGAGCAUGGUGUCCGCCUUCGCUCCCUUGAUUACGGCUGGCAUCUUUGGGGCUACCCUGUCCUCUGCCCUGGCCUGUCUUGUCUCUGCUGCCAAAGUCUUCCAGUGCCUGUGCGAGGACCAGCUGUACCCGCUCAUCGGCUUCUUUGGCAAAGGCUAUGGCAAGAACAAGGAGCCGGUGCGUGGCUACCUGCUGGCCUACGCCAUUGCCGUGGCCUUCAUCAUUAUUGCUGAGCUCAACACCAUUGCUCCCAUCAUCUCCAACUUCUUCCUGUGCUCCUACGCCCUCAUCAACUUCAGCUGCUUCCACGCCUCCAUCACCAACUCCCCCGGGUGGAGACCCUCGUUCAGAUACUACAGCAAGUGGGCAGCGCUGUUCGGGGCGGUGGUCUCCGUGGUCAUCAUGUUCCUGCUGACCUGGUGGGCGGCCCUCAUCGCCAUCGGCGUGGUGCUCUUCCUCCUGCUCUAUGUGAUCUACAAGAAGCCAGAGGUGAACUGGGGCUCCUCCGUGCAGGCCGGCUCCUACAACCUGGCCCUCAGCUACUCGGUGGGCCUCAACGAAGUCGAAGAGCACAUCAAGAACUACCGCCCCCAGUGCCUGGUGCUCACAGGUCCCCCCAACUUCCGCCCAGCCCUGGUGGACUUUGUGGGCACCUUCACCCAGAACCUGAGCCUGAUGGUGUGUGGCCAUGUGCUCAUUGGCCCACGCAAGCAGAGGAUGCCUGAGCUCCGGCUCAUCGCCAAUGGGCACACCAAGUGGCUAAACAAGAGGAAGAUCAAGGCCUUCUACUCAGACGUCCUCGCCGAGGACCUGCGCAGUGGUGUCCAGAUUCUCAUGCAGGCUGCAGGUCUGGGGAGACUGAAGCCCAACAUCCUGGUGGUGGGGUUCAAGAAGAACUGGCAGUCGGUUCACCCAGCCACAGUGGAGGACUACAUCGACAUCUUGCACGAUGCCUUCGACCUCAACUAUGGCGUGUGUGUCCUGAGGAUGCGAGAAGGCCUCAAUAUCUCUGAGGUGCUGCAGCCCCAUGUGAAUCCCGUGUUUGACCCAGCGGAGGAUGGCAAAGGCACCAGCAGGAGUGGGGCGGGGCCUUCUGCGUCUAGCGCAGUGGACGCUGAGGCCCUGGUGCGCGAGGAGCAGGCCCGCACCAUCUUCCAGUCGGGGCAGGGCACGAAGACUGUGGACAUCUACUGGCUCUUUGAUGAUGGAGGCCUCACCCUCCUCAUCCCCUACCUCCUCCGCCGCAAGAAGAGAUGGAGCAAGUGCAGGAUCCGCGUGUUCGUGGGGGGCCAGAUCAACAGGAUGGACCAGGAGAGAAAGGCGAUCAUUUCUCUGUUGAGCAAGUUCCGACUGGGGUUCCACGAAGUACACGUCCUUCCUGAUAUCAAUCAGAAGCCUCGGGCAGAGCACACCAAGCGGUUUGAAGACAUGGUGGCACCCUUCCGCCUGAACGAUGGCUUUAAGGACGAGGCCACGGUCGCUGAGAUGAGGCGGGAUUGUCCCUGGAAGAUCUCGGAUGAGGAGAUGAACAAGAACAGAGUCAAGUCCCUCCGGCAGGUGAGGCUGAACGAGAUCCUGCUGGAUUAUUCCAGAGAUGCGGCACUGGUGGUCGUCACCUUGCCCAUCGGAAGGAAGGGGAAAUGCCCCAGUUCGCUGUACAUGGCGUGGCUGGAGACGCUGUCCCAGGACCUCAGCCCGCCCGUCCUCCUGAUCCGAGGAAACCAGGAGAACGUGCUCACCUUCUACUGCCAGUAACUCCAGCUGGACCGGUCCCUGGCGGGACUGCAGGGGUGAGGGACACGCGGGGACAUGGCUGGCUCCAGUCCAGGUGGGAGCCCCCGGUUCCUCCCACAAAGGAAGAUGGCUAGACCCUGCCUUCCACUGCACAAGCCUCUGGGCUUCAUGAUCAGGGACUGGAGAAAUUACAGGUUGAGUUAUGUGGAAAAUUAUCUGGAAGAUUCUAUGUCCUCUUUUU